AUGCCGCUAAGCCAACAUCGCAUCACCACAUCCCUCGUGACGAGUGAGAGCGAAUACCCCAUCGAGCCGCUCUUGGACGCACACGGCCGGCCACUCCGCGUGCGUGACAGGGCCUAUUUUGACUUGGUCGUCAUCGGCUCAGGGCCUGCCGCAUUGACAUUCGUGACGCGGUGGCUCGAAGAACGUCCAGCAGCACUGUAUCUGGAGGAUGAGCGCCAACAUCUGCACUGGCUCAAGCGCCAGACACAUGCUGCACCCGUGCUUGAGACACGCAAACCCACCAAGAGCAGUGAUCGCAUCAUCAAGACCAACCAGAAGAACGAGUGGCACAUGCGCAAGUCUUCCCUGCGUGUACUCAUUGUCGAUAAGCUGGGCGAUGGAUGGCUUGGCCAGUGGCAUCGGAACUUUGGAUCGUACGAAAUUCCCUUUCUCCGGUCGCCCAUGUUCUUCCAUCCUGAUCCUUCAGACCUCGAUGGCCUUUUAGAAUAUGCUGUGCAGACAGAGCGUGCAAGUACCGGACCUUACACAUACGUGUGUGACAUGCUCACAGGGCGGCAGUCGCAGUCUAAGAGCCGGAGCAGGUCGGCUAAGAAGGGCGCACUCCAACGUCCUGACCUCCUGGAGGUGCCGGGCGUCGUGGGUCGAGAGGUAAGCAAGCACAAGUGGAAGCAGUCCAAGCAUCGUCGUCAGGCACAAAUGUUCAGUGCGCUGGGUCCUGUUGUGAAUGAGCGCGAUCGUCGCGAUUACCAAAAUCCCUCAACGCCUCUGUUCCGUGACUUUACGAAUCACCUCGUCGAUCGGUACCAUCUGCAUCCACAAAAGGGCAAAGACGGCAAAGUACGCCCUCUUUCGGAAUGGCUAGCAAGUGAUGACGAGCACCAAAUGCCUGCCAUGCUCCUCCGUGCCGAAGUGAUCGACAUGGACUACGGGCGCCUGGAAAAAGAACGUGCGGAUGGCUCACUGGACGAAGAAGAGGGCUUUUCGCUCCAUAUGGCCGAUGGCUCCUGCAUCGGAGCCAAAUAUGUUGUAUCAGCGAUCGGGUAUGGCGGGCGGCCGUGCGUGCCGACGUGGUUGGCGACCGCAUCUAAGAAGAGCCAAACGACCAAGCGUGACUUUGUGGACCGUGUAACGGAGGCAGACAGUGAUAACGCGUCGGUCGCUUCUUCGAGCACUGAGCCAUCUACGGCUGAGUCUGAAAGCGAAGAAAGCGACAAAUAUGAGCACCCGCCGCCAAAUAGCAUGGGCGAUGGAUGGGCUCAUUCCUCAGCGAUCGCAGCGCCUUCGUACUCUGUUCCGCCGCCGCACAUCGCUGCCCGCAUCGCCAGCGGCCGACCGACGACAGCGAUCAUCAUUGGCGGCGGUCUCACGUCUGCACAGCUCACCGAUCAGUGUGUGCGUCGCGGCUUUUCGCGUGUGAUUCUCGUCAUGCGCGGAUUCUUCAAGGUCAAGCCAUUCGACUUUAGUGUCGACUGGGUCGGCAAGUAUGCAAAUGCCCAGAAAAUGCAGUUUUGGCAGAGCGAUGAUGCGAAAGACCGCAUGAACAUGAUCAAUGAGGGUCGUGACGGCGGCAGCAUCAAUCCUGUGUACGCCAAAGUGCUUCUGCAGCACGCUCAAGACGGGCGCGUCGAGCUUCGCACACAUACUGAAAUCGAGGAUGCCGAAUGGGACGCCCAAACACAAAAGUGGUCGCUCAUGCUGCACCGCAAGGACCAUGCGCGGGCCGACUCGCAGUAUAUGAACAAUGCACAGCAACCCGGGACAUCCGUGCCUGUCAUCGCGGACUACAUCGUUUCAUCCACAGGCUCCGAUGUCAGCUUUAGAAAGCUGCCAUUCAUGCACACACUAGCGGAAAAGAUGCAAAUCCCAGAAGUGAGCGGCGUGCCCAUUGUCAAUGAGGAUCUGCAGUACGGCUCGAUACCUCUCUACUGCAUUGGCGCUUAUUCGGCUGUGCAAAUCGGGCCCACAGCCUUCAACCUAGGUGGCAUCCGAGAAGGUGCCGAUCGCGUCGCUGCCCAUAUUCGUGAUAAGACCGAGGAACAUGACGAAGCGACGCUCGGGACCAAAGCUGAUUCGGAUGAGCCAUCAUUGGGACACUUUGCGCACUUUUUGUACCACCACUUGCAAUUGGACGCGGCGGAUUAG